CUAAAUCUAUAGCCCCAAGUGGCUAUCCAUAAAAGCAACAACCCUUGCAGUCCCAAGAAUGGCCAUGGUUGUAGCUACCACCACCAGUUGUGUAAGUUGGAACUCCCUUGACAAAAUUGAAAACAAUUACACCAACAAUGGCAGAGGCAGAGGCAGAUCCGAAGGAAGAAAAUGAGAGUAGCUACCAGAGGUACAAAAUCCUCAUUUCAAGCCUUCCAAAAGACGAAGGUUGGGCAUUUGAGAAUUAUUUCUGCCAUUACCAAGGCUUCUGGUAUCCAGACACAUAUUGCCCAGGAGUACUCGCAGUCCAAGACCACUUCAAGGCUCGCUCAAGCGACAUUAUCGUUGCAACCACCCCAAAAUCAGGCACUACAUGGAUCAAAGCCCUUCUCUUCGCCGCUGUUAACCGCGGUAUGUACCCACCCACCUACAAUCAUCAUCCCUACAUGAUCGAUUCUAGUUCCCGGAUUGUUUAUCUUUACCGGAAUCCAAAAGAUGUGUUUGUUUCCAUGUGGCAUUUUAAUAACAAGAUCAGAGCCACGGUCUCAAAGCCACCUUUGAGUGCCAUGGAAGCAUUUGAGAGGUUCUGCAAGGGGGUUUCCCAAUUUGGGCCUUUCUGGGAUCAUGUGUUGGUUUACUGGAGAGCUAGUCUGGAAAGGCCUCAACAAGUGUUGUUCAUCAACUAUGAAAAGUUACAAGCAGACCCAGGUGGUGUUUUGAAAAGAGUAGCUCAUUUUGUGGGAUUCCCUUUCACGUCUGAGGAAGAAAAAGAGCAAGGAUUGGUUGAUAAGAUCUUGAGGUUGUGCAGCUUUGAGAAUUUGAGUAGUCUUGAGGUGAACAAGACUGGAAAAAUCCCUGAGGGUCUUGGAUAUGGGGCUUUCUUUAGAAAAGGUAAGGUUGGGGACUGGGCAAACUAUCUUACAUCUGAGAUGAUUGAACGAAUUGACCAGAUCACAGAAGAGAAGUUCCAUGGUCAUGGCCUCAAGUUCUGAUAAGUGUAAAUUCUGAAGAGAUGAAAAUCUCCUUUUACAUGGUUUGCAGUU